GACGACUUGAAAGCUGGCCAUGGUGUGUUCACGUGGACUGACGGCCACGUGUAUACUGGUCAGUGGGAUGGUGGCAAGCAGGACGGCCAGGGGACGAUGACCAGCCCCGACGGCACAGUCAGGGUCGGGCACUGGCAGGCUGGCAGAAGAGUCGAAGCGAAUUCCAAAGGGGUCGUGCAGGCUUCACCCCGUGGAUCCAAGCAGAGGACACCGGCACCUUGUUCUCCGCGAGACUCGACGCGCGAGCCCGUACCCUGGAGCCCGAGAAGUCCGAGGGUCGAGGAGGCUACGCCGCCGUCGUUUGGGCAGUGCUUAUCCGCAGGGUCCACCCCGCAGCGCACACCUUCCGCUACGCCCAGGGCUGCCUCGCGGAUGACGUCCUUAUUUUUCGGAUUUGCGUCGCCCUUCUCGGCGCGAGGAAAGGCCGCUCCGCGGGGCAUCCCGUCGCAGAUGCGGGCGCGCAGCCCGGCCCACAAGGGCAGCAAGGAGACGGUGCAGCCGCCGCGGCCCCAGGACCCGGACGGCGAGUCCAUCCAGAUAUGA